AUGAUCAUUCGACGAAAGAGUUUGGCCAAAGCAGUCUUUCUGCUGAUGGUUAGCAGGGAAACGCAUGCAUUUACUCCUUCUAGACUGGUUAGAGCAGGACUUUCGUCGCCGGGCGCUCUCGUAAGCCAUCUAUCGUCUCGGAAUGGCGCGAGAUUUCCUCAGUCUCGUUUGUUUGCCUCUACUACCGGCACACUCCCUGAUGUCGAAGGUAUGCGCGCGGGUGAAAUCAAAAAAGAGCUAGAGAGCUAUGGAAUUAGCACGAUUACUUUUCUGGAAAAAAGUGAGCUGGUCGACGCACUGAAAGAUGCGAGAGACAAAGGACUUUCGCCAAAGAAUCCAGCAACCCCUUCGUCGAAUACGGCAUCGUCGACAUCGAGUGGAAAUGGAUCCUCAUCCUCUUCGACUAGUGUGGCAGAGGAUACUCGACCGCGUCAAGAGCGACUCGUCGAAGAAAUGCAGAAGUGUGAAACCAUGAAAGCCGGUGAGCUCAAGAAGGAGUUGGAAGAACGCGGUAUUUCAACCAAAUCCUUUUUCGAAAAGUCCGAGUUUGUCAAGGCCUUGGCGGAAGCUCGGGUUGAUGGCGUGGAAAAGAAAUCGGUUGAUUCGGAAGGAUAUGCAGAAUAUGCGGAAGUCGAAGUGUUGACAGAUGAGAGUUCCGGGCCACGCCAGGGCAAGUCUCAGAUUCAACCGCCUUCUCCCGGUGGUGGGAAUCCGUUUGGUGAUGCCGGAUCCGGUAGCAGUGGCAACCCAUUUGGAGGUAGUAUGGGUGGCAUGGGUGGUAUUGGAGAUAUGCUUAAGAAUAUGGGUAUGGGUGGCAGUGCUGCAGGUGCCAAUCCAUUCGGUGGCAUGGGAGGAAUGAGCGGCAUGGGAGGAAUGGGUGAUGUAAUGGGAAAGGCACAGCAAAUGAUGAGCAAUCCAAAGGUCCGUGAACUUAUGGUCAAGGCGCAGUCGAAUCCUAGUAUAAUGAAGAAAAUGCAGGAGUGUAUGAGCAACCCUGCAGCCUUGGCCAAGUACCAAAAUGAUCCUGAAGUGGCGGAGCUAAUCAAAGAACUGAAAACACUGAUGUAG